CUCUGCACGGCGGGCCCUGUCUUUCAGAGCACACCUGGCAGGUGAAAGCGAACGACAGGGAUUUUAACAACCAGUUCACGAAGAAAGGAUUCCUGUGUUUCAAAAGAAGAAAAUACGCCGAUAAUGUUAUCAAGACCAGAAAAUACAACGUACUCACGUUUUUGCCAUUCAACCUGUACGAACAGUUUCAAAGAGUGGCCAAUGUCUAUUUCUUGCUGAUGGUGAUCCUACAGGCCGGGUGCUGUGUGAGGAGCCCAAUAGCCAGCUGCACUUCUUCUCUGGGGUCCUGCACUGGAGAGGGGGGCAGCACCCUAUAGACAACGACCGCAUUCUGCUGAGAGGCUUCCGCCUGAGAAACACGCACACCUGCUAUGGACUGGUCCUCUUCGCAGCCAGUGGACCUGUGCUGGAACAGAUACGCGGAUGGGAAGCUGCAGCUUCAUGACGAGCUCCUGCUGGAGAGGCUGAGGAGUCAAGAGGACCAGGACCUCAGGGAGUUCUUCAGAGCGCUGUCUGUGUGUCACACCGUGAUGGUGGAGGAGAAAGACGGAGACCUUCUUUACCAGGCCGCCUCUCCUGAUGAAGAAGCCCUGGUGACGGCUGCGCGGAACCUGGGGUUUGUGUUCUUGUCUCGAACCCAGGACUCGGUGAUGGUCAACGAGUUGGGGGUGGAGCGGCACUACCAUGUGCUGGCCAUGCUGGACUUCAGCAGCCAGAGACGCAGGAUGUCUGUGCUGGUGCGUGAGCCGGAGGGAGGGUUGAAGCUGUACUGUAAAGGCGCUGACAUUGUGAUCUUCGAGAGGCUGGCCCCCGACAGUCCCCACAGAGACGCUACAGAAAAAGCUCUGGACGGCUUCGCUGAAGAGACACUGCGUACACUGUGCCUGGCCUGCCGGAGCGUGGAGGAGGGGUUCUACCGCGAGUGGAUCGAUGAGCAUCACCACGCAAACAUGGCGACGCAGGGCCGCCAGCAAGCGCUGGAGGCAGCGUACGAGCGCAUCGAGAACAACCUCACUCUGCUGGGAGCCACUGCGAUCGAGGACAGGCUGCAGGAGGGGGUCCCCGAAACCAUCUGCAGUCUCAAGAGGGCCGGCAUCAAGAUCUGGGUGCUCACCGGGGACAAGAAAGAGACUGCGGUGAACAUCGGCUACUCUAGUAAACUGCUGAGCAGCAACAUGACGAUCCUGGAGGGCAAGGACCUCAGGACGUUGCUGGAGCCGAUGCAGGAGGAGAAAAGCAGUGACAGCAAUAACAUUCCCCGGCUCAGUAAAGAGACUGUCUGGACGAAUCAAGAGCUGCGGGAUCUGCACAAACUGGGAGCUCAGAGGAAAGCCCUGGUCAUCACUGGACCAGAACUGGAGUUUAUCCUGAGGGCAAGUGACUCUGCAGGCGGUGCGCAUGGCCAGCAGGUGGAGCUGCAGAAGAGCUUUGUGGAGCUGGCCAGCAGCUGUCCGGCUGUGAUCUGCUGCAGGGUCACUCCGCUGCAGAAAGCCCGCAUGGUGGAGCUGGUGAGGCGGUACCAGGGGGUCGUGACGCUGGCCAUCGGGGACGGAGCCAACGAUGUCAACAUGAUAAAGACGGCCCAUAUCGGCGUGGGUAUCAGUGGGCAAGAGGGUCUGCAGCCAGUUCAAUGCAGUGAUUACUCCAUCGCUCAGUUCAGAUUCCUGCAGCGCCUCCUGCUGGUGCACGGCCGCUGGUCCUACAUCCGCAUCUGCAAGUACCUGCGCUUCUUCCUGCUCAAGACCCUGAGCUUCACCUUCGUGCACAUCUGGUACUCCUUCUUCAACGGCUUCACUGCGCAGCGAGGGUUUGAGAACUGGUUCAUCACCUUUUACACGAUCCUAUACACUUCGUUCCCAGUGCUGAGUAUGGGGCUGCUGGAGAAGGAUGUGAGUGACCGGGCCAGCCUGCAGUGUCCUGAGCUGUACCGGGUCGGGCAGUACCAGGAGCUCUUCGGGUACCGUGUGUUCAGUAUGACAAUGCUGCACGCCCUGCUCACCUCCCUCAUCCUGUUCUUCAUCCCCUUCGGAGCUUUCCUGCCCUCUGCACUCGACUACCAGACCUUCGCUGUCACCGUGGCAACCGCCACUGUGUUCACCACCACCGCUGAGAUAGCCCUGCAGAUCUGGACCUGGACCCUCCCCAACGCUCUAGCUAUUCUGCUCAGCAUCGUCUUCUACUUCACUGUGACCUUAAUGCUGCACAGUUUCAAGUUAUACCAAACCUGGCCCAAAGUCUUUCUGUUCCCAGGUGCCUCCCUGAGCACCCUGCGAGACCCCUACAUGUGGCUGAUUGUGCUGCUGACUGUAACGAUCUGCCUGCUGCCCUCCCUCACUGCCAGGGCCCUGGACACAGUACUGCGACCUCCAGACCUGCACAGGGUACACAGUUCGGAGGGCCAGAGAAUGUCAGUCAGCACUGUGGAUCUGCGCUCUGGUUUCCAGAGGGACCAGCCUCAGCGACGCUCCUCUUACGCCUUCUCCCAGGAGUGCGGUUUUGGAGAGCGCAUUGCCUCAGGGACCAGUCUACGCAAAGGCAAGGGGUCCAGGAGGGCUGGGAGGCAGGGGCUGGGGGAACAGCAGUGACCGUGGACUCCGAGCAGGGAGCGAAUGCAUCCAGUACUGUCCUGUGCAAACUAAAUGAAUGCAAUGACAAACGUUUCAAAAAAGACUUCUAGUCGAAACGUUUUUGUUUUUGUAAAUAAUAUAGAGUUUUGUAAAGUUUAUAUAUUUUUUAAAUGUUUCUGUAAUAAAACUAAAAACAACCUUGUUAUCUAAUCAACACUGCUAGUCUCUUUUUGCUGGAGUUCCCACACUGCCAGAGUGAAUGGUUAAUUCACAAUUAAAAUGACACGGACCACAAAUUCUGAAUGAUUAGAGAAGAAUUUAUUAACAUAAGUUACAGCACAGUAAUGAACACAAAUAAAAAGAUGACCAUGUAUCUUUUUUUUAAAGCUUUUUUUAGUUUUUUUGUGUAACGUUGCUGUCGCUGAGAG